AAUCUAUGGAGUUUCCUCAUUUUCUUCCAAAAGCUAUUAUUGUAGAUUUUGCGUCAUUCACUUUGUCUUUCAUUAUCUGUUGUACUGCACUGACGGUAAACUAUUCCAAGAAACACAAUGAUCUUGAAAAGCCAUUACUUCAAAAAGACAAUGAUUGUUCUUAUGAAGAUGGUGGUGGUUUCAUCAGUCCCGGAUUAUGGAGUCGAAUUACAUUCCAAUGGUUGAAUCCUCUCUUCAAAAGGGGGAGGAACCAGAAACUUGAAUUAGCUCAUGUUCCUUGUGUACCUCAAUCUGAAACAGCUGAAUAUGCUUCCUCAUUGCUAGAAGAAUCACUUCAGAGAAAGAAAGUUGAAUGUUCUUCAUUGCCUAAUGCUAUAUUUUUAGCCACAUGGAAAUCCCUUGCCUUAACUGCAAUUUUUGCAGGAGUCAAAACAUUGGCAUCCUUUAUGGGGCCUUUACUAAUCACCCACUUUGUGAAUUAUCUCUUGGGAAAAAGUGAUGACUCAAGCAACCGUGAUGGAUUCAUUCUUGCGUUCUUCUUCUUCUUUGCUAAAACAGCGGAGUCUCUUACUCAAAGAGAACUUCUAUCUGAUGUGUUUUAUGCAGUCUUUUAUGAAGGUUUCCGGGUGAUGAAAAAUGGUCAAAUUGUUCAAUCAGGAAAAUAUGGAGAAUUGAUGUCAGACUCAAACGGUGAACUUGCUAGGCACGUUGUAGCUCAUAGAAGAUUCUUAAAUGGAGUUAAGCCCUUCUUUGAAGAUAAAUCUCAUCAUAAAAGACCGCAUAAAACACAUCAGAUAGAAGUUCUAGAUGAAAACUCUUCCCUAACCCUUGGAAAUGGUAGCCACUCUGUGAGAACUCAAGAAGAGGAAAUUCAAAUUGGUCGUGUAAAAUGGAGUGUCUACUCAACCUUCAUCACAUCUGCUUAUAAAGGAGCUCUUGUUCCUGUAAUCCUUCUAUGUCAAGUUUUGUUUCAAAUCCUUCAGAUGGGCAGUAAUUACUGGAUUUCUUGGGAAACAGAAGAAGGAAAGGUCAGCAGAGAGCAAUUGUUAGGGAUCUUCAUUUUGAUGUCCGGUGGGAGCUCCAUCUUUAUAUUAGGCCAAGCCGUUGUGAUGGCAACCAUUGCUAUUGAGACUGCACAACGAAUGUUCCUUGGAAUGGUGACAUCAAUAUUUGCAGCACCUAUUUCAUUCUUUGAUGCUAAAUCUUCAAGCCAAAUCCUUUGCAGAUCUUCUACUGAUCAAAGCACCUUGGAUACAGAUAUUCCUUAUAGAUUAGGAGGAUUGGCUUUUGCUCUCAUUCAGUUAUUAAGUAUCAUCAUUCUGAUGUCCAAGGGAUAUUACAUCAGUAGUGCAAGAGAACUAGCUAGAAUGAUUGAGAUUCAGAAGGCUCCAAUUCUCCCACACUUUUCUGAAACAGUCGUUGGUGCAACAAUUAUCCGUUGUUUUGAUCAAGAGGAUCGUUUCUUGAAAAAGAUAAUGAACCUGGUUGAUGACUAUCCACGUGUGUGGCUGAAGAUAGAGAAUUGGAGUGUGGGACAGCGGCAACUUGUUUGCCUAGCCAGGGUGCUCCUCAAGAAGCGUAGAAUUCUUGUGUUGGAUGAGGCUACAGCUUCCAUUGAUACUGCAACAGAAAAUAUAAUUCAGGAAACAAUAAGAGAGGAGACUAAUGGUUGUACCGUCAUUACCGUUGCUCAUCGAAUACCGACAAUCAUCGUUAACGAUUUGGUUUUGGUUCUUGAUGAAGGCAAGGUCAUCGAGUACGAUUCACCAUCUCGAUUACUCAAGAACAAUUCUUCUAUGUUUUCAAAGUUGGUGGCAGAAUUCUUGGGCAGAUCAUCCAAUAGUCACACACAAUCUAUGGGGAAUUUUGUCAACACCCACGCAAACCAAAUAUGA